AAAAGCCCCAAAAUUUAUUAGCAGAACGAUUGGGUAAAGACCUGGACUGUUCGUGCGUAUAGUCAACCAUGCGGAUAGAAUUGCUAAAACCUGAUCUAGCCAGCAUCUGGAAUCUGCAACUGCUCCAAUCUGUUGCUUCCUAAUACGCUAUGAAUAUGGCUGCUUCUUCGUCGGAUGCUGCUAUCUCCCCUUAUGCUUUGAAGUAUGAUGUGUUUCUUAGUUUCAGAGGCGAGGACACCCGCAAUACUUUUACCAGCCAUCUUUAUGCUGCUUUAUGUAGGAAGAAGAUCAAUACCUACAUAGACGACACCCUUGAGAGAGGAGAUCAAAUUGCACCUGCCCUUCUAAAAGCAAUUGAGAAAUCAAAGCUUUCGGUAAUCAUUUUCUCGGAAAACUAUGCUUCUUCCACAUGGUGUUUGGAUGAAAUUGUGCAUAUACUGGAUUGCAAGAAAAAAAAUGGACAAGUUGUUAUACCAAUUUUCUACAACAUCGACCCAUCACAUAUACGAAAACAGCAGGGGAGUUAUGAAGAUGCAUUUGUUCAACACGAAGAACGUUUCAAGGACAGUGUGGAGGGAGUGACGAAGGUGUGCAAGUGGAGAGAUGCUCUGAAGGAAGCCGCCAAUCUGUCCGGGUUUGUUUAUUCAAACAAAACAGGGACGGAGGCCAAUUUCAUUGAAAAAGUUGUUGAAGAUAUUUUGACGAAAUUGAAUCGAAUAUCAUCAAGUGAUUUGAAGGGCCUGGUUGGAAUUGAAAAGAAAAUUAAGCAAAUAGAAUUGUUAUUGUGCAUUGAUUCCCCAGAUGUUUGUACUGUUGGUAUUUGGGGCAUGGGUGGUAUUGGAAAGACAACUCUUGCAGAUGCUUUAUAUCACCAACUCUCUUCUAAAUUUGAAGCUUCUUGUUUCCUUGCAAAUGUUAGGGAGGAGUCAGAAAAACAUGGACUGAACUACUUGCGAAAUGUGCUAAUUCGUGAGAUAUUAAAGGAAAAGGAUCUUGAGAUCAGCACUCCAACUAUAGGAUCAACUUCUGUUCGAGAAAGGCUCAGCCGUACAAGGGCCCUCAUUGUUCUAGAUGAUGUGAAUGCUUCGAGGCAGUUAGAACUUCUACUUGGUGAUCAUGUUCAGUUUGGCCCCGGAAGUCAAAUCAUUAUAACAACUAGAGAUAAGCGCCUACUUAAGAGAAAUGUUGACAAGAUAUAUGAGGUUAAGGGAUUAAGUUGGGAAGAAUCUCUUGAGCUCUUUCAUUUGCAUGCUUUCAAAGAUAAAUGUGCUGAAUCACGUUGUGCAGAGUUGUUAGGGACGGUGGUAGAUUAUGCCGGAGGGAUGCCAUUAGCUCUCAAGAUUUUGGGUUCCUUAUUCCUUCACUGCAACAACAGUAAAGACUGGGAACAUCAAUGGAAUGAGUUGAAAAAAUUUCCCAACAAAGAAAUUGAGAACAUGUUGAGACUAAGUUACGAGGGAUUAGAACGAAAUGCAAGGGAGAUAUUUCUUGAUAUUGCAUGUUUCUAUAAAGGGACGACACUAGAUUGUGCAAAACAAAUGUUAGAUGUUCGUGGGUUCUUUGAGGGUGGAAUUAAAGUUCUGAUUGAUAAGUCUCUGAUAUCAAUUUCAAAAUGGAACUGUUUGGAGAUGCAUGAUUUGGUACAAGAAAUGGGUAGGGCAAUUGUUCAUGAACAAUGUAUUGAGGAGCCUGGAAGACGCAGUAGGUUGUUUGUUGCUGAGGAUAUUUAUCACGUAUUGAAAAAUAAUACUGGAACUGAAACGGUUCAAGCAAUAAUCUUUAACGGGUCUAAGAAUGGACAGCAACACUUGGAUUUUGCAGACUUCAAAAAGAUGUCCAAUCUAAGAUUACUUACUGUCAAGGAUUCUAGCUUUGGGAAGUACUGCAAAUUUAAAGUUUCUCUUCCCAAUCCUCUUAGAUAUCUUUGCUGGGAGGAAUAUCCUUUGAAAUGUUUACCAGCAAAAUUUUCUCCAGAAAAUCUUGUUGAGAUUCGAAUGGGCCGCUGCAAACUUGAGCAACUUUGGAAUAAAGGCCAGAAUCUUAGGAACUUAAAAGUGAUGGAUCUUCAUCGCUCCGAUAAACUGAUCAAAGUUCCAGAUCUCUCUCAAAGUCGAAAAAUAGAGCAUAUAAAUCUAUUUGGUUGUAGAAGUUUGGUUAAAAUACCUUCGUCUUUACAAUGUCUUGACAGACUUACUCAUCUUGACCUUGGAGAAUGCUCGAGUCUCAAAUAUCUUCCAGAUAUGCCAGAAAACAUUGAAUACUUGGAUUUAUCAAAGACUGCUAUACGGGACUUGCCUUCAUCAGUUUGGAAUAACGAAAAGAUCUCGUACUUGAAUAUUCAAUGGUGUAAAUACCUUGAGAAUCUUCCAAGCAACAAUUGUAAGAUGAAACUACCGCUUGGUUUUGGUUUACAGGGAUGCUUAUCUCUUGCCAAGUUUUGGGAGCUCCCCCGAAAUCUAGUGGUGUUAGUGAUGGUGGGGGCAAAAAUAGAAACAUUACCCUCAUCAAUUGAGAGUCUCUUUGGUCUCCGAAGAAUUGAACUGAAAAAUUGCAAUAGGCUUCUAAGUAUCCCAACAAGCAUUUGUGAGUUGAAAUCGCUCGAGGAACUUGAUCUCACUGGUUGCUCUAAAUUUGAAGACUUUCCAGAAAUUUUGAAGCCUAUGGGUUAUCUGAAGUACCUUUGGUUAAAUGGAACGGCUGUUAAAGAGUUACCCGAAUCAGUCGAGCAUCUCUUUGGUCUCCGAAGAAUUGAACUGAAAAAUUGCAACAGGCUUCGGAGUCUCCCAGCCAGCAUUUUUAGGUUGAAAUAUCUUGGGGACCUUAAUCUCACCGGUAGCUCUAAGUUUGAAGACUUUCCAGACAUUUUGGAGCCUAGGAGAAAUCUGAAGUAUCUUUGGUUAAAUGGAACGGCUGUUAAAGAGUUACCCUCAUCAAUCGAGCGUCUCUUUGGUCUCCAAAGAAUUGAACUGAAAAGUUGCAACAGGCUUCUGAGUCUCCCAGCAAGCAUUUUUAAGUUGAAAUAUCUUGGGGAACUUGAUCUCACUGGUAGCUCUCAAUUUAAAGACUUUCCAGAAAUCUUGGAGCCUAUGGUUAAUCUGAAGUAUCUUUGGUUAAAUGGAACGGCUGUUAAAGAUUUACCAGAAUCAAUCGAGCGUCUCUUCGGUCUCCGAAAAAUUGAACUGAAAAAUUGCAACAAGCUUCAGAGUCUCCCAGCGAGCAUUUUUAAGUUGAAAUAUCUUGGGGAACUUGAUCUCACUGGUAUCUCUAAAUUUAAAGACUUUCCAGAAAUCUUGGAGCCUAUGGGAAAUCUGAACUAUCUUCUGUUAAACGGAACGGAUGUUGAGGUGUUACCCGAAUCAAUCGAGCAUCUCUUUUGCCUCCGAAGACUUGAACUGAAAAAUUGCAACAGGCUUUUGAGUCUCCCGGCAAGCAUUUUUAAGUUGAAAUAUCUUGUGGAACUUGAUCUCACUGGUAGCUCUCAAUUUGAAGACUUUCCUGAAAUCUUGGAGCCUAUGGGAAAUCUGAAGUAUCUUUGCUUAAAUGGAACGGCUGUUAAAGAGUUACCCUCAUCAAUCGAGCGUCUCUUUGGUCUCCAAAUAAUUCAACUGAAAAAUUGCAACAGGCUUCUGAGUGUCCCAGCAGGCAUUUUUAAGUUGAAAUAUCCUGUGGAUCUUGAUCCCACUGUUUGCUCUAAAUUUAAAGACUUUCCAGAAAUCUUGGAGCCUAAGGGAAAUGUGGAGCAUCUUAGGUUAAAUGGAACGGCUGUUGAGGAGUUACCCGAAUCUAUCGAGCGUCUCUUUGAUCUCCGAAGAAUUGAACUAAAAAAUUGCAAGAGUCUUCUGACUCUCCCAGCGAGCAUUUUUAAGUUGAAAUAUCUUGUAGAACUUGAUCUCGCUGGUAGCUCUAAAUUUGAAUACUUUCCUGAAAUCUUGGAGCCUAUGGGAAAUCUGAAGUAUCUUUGCUUAAAUGGAACGGCUGUUAAAGAGUUACCCUCGUCAAUCGAGCGUCUCUUUGGUCUCCAAAGAAUUCAACUCAAAAAUUGCAAGAGUCUUCUGACUCUCCCAGCGAGCAUUUUUAAGUUGAAAUGUCUUGUAGAACUUGAUCUCGCUGGUAGCUCUAAAUUUGAAUACUUUCCUGAAAUCUUAGAGCCUAUGACAACUCUGACGUAUCUUCGGUUAAAUGGAACAGCUGUUAAAGGGUUACCCGAAUCUAUCGAGCAUCUGGUUUGUCUCUUUAGAAUUGAACUGAAAAAUUGCAACAGUCUUCUGACUCUCCCAGCGAGCAUUUUUAAGUUGAAAUAUCUUGUAGAACUUGAUCUCGCUGGUAGCUCUAAAUUUGAAUACUUUCCUGAAAUCUUGGAGCCUAUGGGAAAUCUGAACUAUGAAAUCUUGGGAAAUCUGAACUAUGAAAUCUUGGAGCCUAUGGGAAAUCUGAAGUAUCUUUGCUUAAAUGGAACGGCUGUAAAAAAGUUACCCGAAUCAAUCGAGCAUCUCUUUGCUCUCCGAAGAAUUGAACUGAAAAAUUGCAACAGUCUUCUGACUCUCCCUUCGAGCAUUUCUAAGUUGAAAUAUCUUAAGGAACUUGAUCUCACUGGUUGCUCUAAAUUUGAAUACUUUCCUGAAAUCUUGGAGCCUAUGCUAAAUCUGCAGUAUCUUUGGUUACAUUGA